AUGGGCUUUGGGGCCUUCCAAACUUGUGGAAGUGAUGGAUGCAGAGGGUAAGAGGGAGGCAGAGGCCUUUUUUAUCUGAAUGGGGAAGCCUGGAAAUGCCUGUAAUUCAAAAAGGGCCUCUCUCAGUAGGCAUUCAUAUUCACCUGAACUUUGGCAGCUUUGUACCUGCAAAAUGGGAGUUAUUAGGUGCCCAUUUGCACUUUUUCCAUAGAUGGACAUAGCCUCUGGUUGCCCCUGGAGUCAGGGCAGCAGUGGCAGAAUUAUAGGACAAUCCUUUGCAUGUCUGCUGUGAAUGAAGUUUAAUCAAAUUAAGUGGGAAUUUCUCCUGGGUAAGUGUGUUAGCUGUUGAGUGCAAAACCCCCCAACCUAUUAUUUCAAGAUACAGGGUCCCAAGUUGGUGGGAUGUAGCUUCUAGAGAACUGGAAAUUUCAGAGGUUGAUGUUUAGCACAAUCCUGUGCUCAUUUACUUGGAGGGCCUUUCAGAAAGAGCAGCAAAAAUAAGCCGCCAGAAGGAUGGUGAGACUCGCAAGACGAAUCCCGUUUGCCUUUCAGUUGCCGAGGAGAAACAUGGUCUCCCCUCCCUGGAUAACUGUCCUAGGAAAUGCCUGCAAAGGGGGCUGCCCAGCAGGUGACGUCUGAGCCUGCCCUGGUCUGCGUCUCCCCGGAGGAGGUCCCGGAGAAUCCGCAAGGAGUCAGUGGGUGUGGUGAUGGAGAACUACGAGCUGGUCACUUCCCUGGGCUACCCGGUUCUCAAACCUGAUCUCCUGUCUCGGAUCGAGCGUGCUGGAGAACAGUGCGUUGGUGAUCAGCUGGACUCUAGCAGAGGGAUUCCAACAGAUCCAUGCCCAGGCUACCGGUUCUUCAAACCCGAGAGCUUAUCCUGGAUUGAACGGUGGGAAGAGCUUGGCGUCACGGAUCGCCAGAAGCUGGAGGAAGGCAAGCUGUGCACAGGCUCCUGCCAAGGAGCAGCCGGCCGCGGCAAGGCCAUCAAGGAGGAGGAAGGUGGCCAGAAGGGCUUUGUGGCCAGCUUGGAGCGCUACCAGCUCUUCCCCGACAGCUCCCGAGCGGGCCUUUUCCUGGCGCCCAACGCCGCCCAGCUGCGGGCGCAGCAGCCUCGUGUCAAGAAGGAGGAAGCGGCCUCGUGCGAGCCGGGCCUGUGCGGCCCUGGGCGCCCCUCUCAGGGCCUGGGCUCGGGCCCCUUCGCCUGCGUGGUUUGCGGGAAGUGCUUCCGCCAGAAGCAGGGCCUCAUCACGCAUGGGCGCAUCCACACGGGCGAGAAGCCCUACCCCUGCCUGGAGUGCGGCAAGCGCUUCCGCCAGCGCCCCAACCUGCUGACGCACCAGCGGGUGCACACGGGCGAGCGGCCCUUCCCCUGCCUGCGCUGUGGCAAGCGCUUCAGCCAGAAGGCCAACCUGGCGGCCCACCAGCGCACCCACGCCGUCCAGGAGGGGCUGAUCGCCCCAGAGCCCAAGACGCCCGUGCCGCGGGGCAGCCGCCAGACGGAGAAGCCUUUCCCCUGCAACGUCUGCGGGAAGAGCUUCAGCCAGCGGCCCAACCUCAUCACCCACCAGCGGAUCCACACGGGCGAGAAGCCUUUCGCCUGCACCGAGUGCGGGAAGCGCUUCAACCAGCGCGCCAACCUCAUCACCCACCGCCGCAUCCACUCGGGCGAGAGGCCCUUCCCCUGCGCCACCUGCGGCCGCCGCUUCAGCCAGAAGGGCAACCUUGCUGCCCACCAGCGCACCCACUCCCAGCAGAGGCCCCACGCCUGCUCCUGCUGCCCCAAGCGCUUCAAGGGAGAGUCGGCCCUCCGAGCGCACCAGAGGACCCACAGACAGGUCCUGGGAGCUGACCCCCUGGCCGGAGCCCUCUUGGCGGUGGCUCCUGGCCUCCAGCAGCAGGCCCCGCUCCCCGGGGACCCCACCUCGGCCGCGCAGAGGGCCACGCCGGCCCCCCGCCAGGAUCUGCCCGGGGACCCCACUCCGGGCGUCCAUCGGGCUGCCCCCUCUGGGCAGCAGGCGCAGCAGCCACAACAACAACAGCAGCAGCAGCAGCCCCAGCAGCAGCAACAGCACGGAGCCCCUCAUGGGCCACAGUCUCUUCCCGCGGACCCUCCACCCGGUCCCCACGCAGCAGCGGGCCCCGCUGGACACCUCCAGGGUGUGGCCCCCGGCUCGGAGCAAGGGCCGAAGCUGAGUGCCCCGCCGGCCGUGAUGGACCCCCACGCCGAGAUGCUCCACUGCCAGCGCCGGCUCAGCCUGCCGGCGCUGCCCACCUCCAGCGCCCAUUCCGUGGUGCCCAUGGGGCAGCCGCAGCCCAUCACCACCAAGCCCAAGAGCCUGGUGGGACCGCGGCUGGAUGCCCCCAGCGACAUGCUCCACUGCCUCUGCCACGCCAGCAGGGCCUCCCUGGUCAUUCCUCACCCGCCGCACCUGGGGCAGCUCCAGGCGGGCGCCAGGGACGCGCCUGGGCGCGCCUGGCUGGGCAUCCCGUGCCCGGCCCGCACCCUGCAGCUCCAGCAGGGGGCCCAGGGCCACCCCGCCGCCCCCAACCCAAGACUCUGCUCCAUCCCAGAUUCCCUGCGAUAGUUUCCUCCUCCCCCCCAAAGACGGGCGCUGUGCAAGCACAGAUUGGUGGGGGCUGGGCUUGGCCCUCCCCACAAAGGACCUCCCACACAUAAACAGCCCUCGGCGGUGGGGCAAGGCGGUAGGGCUCAUGCAUGUAUUGUGGACAGGAGAGCCCUCAGUCUGCACCGACCCCCCCCCUUUGCUCCUGCAUCUCCUGGCACAGAAAAAGAUCAAUCUUUCUUGCAGCGCCACCAGACUUCUCCCCCUAGAAGCUUGAGCCCGCGGGGGUGUCCUUGUGCCAAGUGUAUUUUCUUCAUCCCUACAAUCCCCCCCCCGCCAUGUACCACAUCUGCCUCCCUCCACCCCAGGAACCAGCGGAACUCCCCUCAACCGCCUCAUGCAGCACAGAUGCGGCGGAAAACUGCCUCCCCCGGGGAGGUGAACGGGGCCCUGCGAGCAGGCAGUGUCUCCAGACUGGCAGGCAGCAACGUUAUAGGGCCUUCCUUUGAAAAGAGGACUCUGGAGAGGACCUGCUUUCUUCCCCUCCUUUCACAUGCCUGCUGUCACCUAGCAAAUUCCACCUGGAAUCUCUCGCCUU